AUGGGUAUACUUACAACGGCAGACAAGGAAAAAGUCAAGCGUGCCGUGCCCAAGGCGUCGAAUAAGAUCAUCGACGCCACCGUCGCUAGACUCUAUAUAGCGCAUCCAGAUCCGAACGAAUGGACAUACACCGGUCUCGUUGGUGCCAUAGCCUUGGUGGAUGAUUUGGUGGGACACACGUUUUUUCUCAAGCUCGUGGACAUCUUGGGCACCAGGGGUGUUGUGUGGGACCAGGAGCUCUACGUCAACUUUGAGUACCACCAGGAUAGAAAGUUCUUCCACACUUUCGAGAUCGAAGACUGCCUUGUGGGGCUCCUAUUUGAGGACACCAGCGAUGCUGCCCAUUUCUUCAAGCGUGUGUCCAACAGACAGAAGUAUGCGUCGAAGGACACCCUGAAAAACAAGAACGCCAUUGCAUUGAAGGGCCAAUUGGCUCCUGAGGCCGCCAAGAUCGGACCUAGAGGUGAGUACGUCAAUGUCCAAUCGGACCAGAGAACGAGAAGAACCAGAGGCGUGCUCUACUACGACGACCAGCCUCCGCCAGAGUGGCGUCUGUUGUACGCGGAAUUGGCCUCGGCAGGUAUCACAGAGGACAUGAUUGCCGAGAACAGAGAGUUCAUCAAGGACUACAUCGCCAAACAGGGUGGACCCUUGGUUGGUCUUGAGCCGCCCAUUCCCAGAAAACACUCUGCGCCACAGAACGUCUUUGACGACCAGCAGAGCUACAACGACCGUCCACCGGUUCCAUCGAAAAAGAACAAAAAAGCCCCUCCUCCACCUCCUCCAGCCAGUGCACCUUCCCAGACGCCGCCUGAAAUCACUCCCACAUCUACACAUCUCAGCACACCAAACGAGCUUACUCCUCAGCAUACGCAGAGCUCAGACGGGUCAGCUCCUCACGCUGCUGUUCCAGAAAACAGAUUCAGGGUCCCACCUGCAACGGCUCCUAUCCCGCAACUUCCCCACAACACCGUCCCCAACCAGAUGGAGAAUAACACGCCUACUCCAGGUAUCACUCAACAAAAUAGCGGACUGGGCCAGUCGCUGCGGCCUCCUCUCUUCGGUGCCCACUCUUCGCUGUAUGGCCAACCAGUCCAGGGUAUACAGCCUCCACCUCCACCUCCAGGACGCAACAAUAGCGCUUCUGGUCCAGGCGCUCUACCCGCAAGGGGAAAUCCACCUCCUCCUCCUCCAGCUAGAGGCAAUCCUCCCGCUCCUCCUCCAAGAGGCGGUGUUCCUCCACCUCCACCUCCAAGAGCUAACCCUACUGGCGGUUCAAUGGCUCCUCAGAGAACGGGAGCUCCACCUCCACCGCCUCCUCGUGCUGCCAGAGGUGCUCCCCCUCCACCACCAGCUAGAGGUGCUAGACCACAGCAAGCGCAGCCUCAACAGCCUCAACAACCACAGCAGUCUUUCCAGCCACCGCUUCCCCCACAAAGAGAUGCACAGGCAGCACAUCCAGCUCCUCCUCACCAGCAACAUCAACAACCACAGGCAUCUGCUCCACCUCCUCCGCCCAUGCCUCCUCAGGCAAAUGCAACCCCUACAGGUGGCGCACCUCCACCUCCUCCUCCACCUCCAGAUUUGGGCUCUGCAGAGCCCUCGGCCCCAUUGCCGCAGCCUGAUGCCGGAAGAGACGCAUUGCUUUCGUCUAUCAGAGGUGCUGGUGGAAUAGGUGCUCUCAAAAAGACUGAUAAAUCUCAGCUAGAUAAGCCUUCGGCGUUGCUUUCUGAGGCCAACGGUGAUCAGCCUCCUCCAUCCUCUGGCGGUGGUGGCGGUGGCGGUCAACCCGAGACCCUUGCUGAUGCAUUGGCAGGCGCUCUCAACAAGAGAAAAGCUAAGGUAGCAGCCAGCGAUGAUGAAGACGAGGAUUGGUAG